AUUAUAGCAUUAUCCUAUAAAACAACCGUAUACAAAAUUAUAGCCUUAUCCUACAAAACAACCGUAUACAAAAUUAUAGCCUUAUCCUAUAAAACAGUCGUAUACAAAAUUAUAGCCUUACCCUAUAAAACAACCGUAUACAAAAUUAUAGCCUUACCCUAUAAAACAGCCGUAUACAAAAUUCUAGCCUUACCCUAUAAAACAGUCGUAUACACAAUUAUAGCCUUAUCCUAUAAAACAACCGUAUACAAAAUUAUAGCCUUAUUCUAUAAAACAGUCGUAUACACAAUUAUAGCCUUAUUCUAUAAAACAACAGUAUACACAAUUAUAGUCUUAUCCUAUAAAACAGUCGUAUACAAAAUUAUAGUCUUAUCCUAUAAAACAACAGUAUACACAAUUAUAGCCUUAUCCUAUAAAACAACCAUAUACACAAUUAUAGCCUUAUCCUAUAAAACAGUCGUAUAUACAAUUAUAGCCUUAUCCUAUAAAACAGCCGUAUACAAAAUUAUAGCCUUACCCUAUAAAACAACCGUAUACACAAUUAUAGCCUUACCCUAUAAAACAACAGUAUACACAAUUAUAGCCUUAUCUUAUAAAACAGUCGUAUACAAAAUUAUAGCCUUAUCCUAUAAAACAGUCGUAUACAAAAUUAUAGCCUUACCCUAUAAAACAGUCGUAUACACAAUUAUAGCCUUAUCCUAUAAAACAACCGUAUACAAAAUUAUAGCCUUACCCUAUAAAACAACCGUAUACACAAUUAUAGCCUUAUCCUAUAAAACAACAGUAUACACAAUUAUAGCCUUAUCCUAUAAAACAACC